AUGAGCAAGCUUACUAGCAAUGACUACCUCAUGCUUGCUGGAUCGUUCCAUGGAAUGCAUGCCAUAACAGCGCAGCUCUCUCCAGUCCCACCUGUCCGCGCGCCUCCUCCGUCCACCGCGACGCCCAACCUCCAGACAUUCCCUGUCCGCGCAACUGGUAUCGAAGUCCUGGAAAGCUCGCACUUCCGUAUUCAAUGUUUCCAAACGCAAACCGGUGUCAAAUUCCUCCUCUUCACAGAGCCCCAGCAACCGAACGUAGACACGAUGAUGAAGAAGAUAUAUGAACUAUACGCAGACUAUGUCAUGAAGAACCCGUUCUACACUGUGGAGAUGCCGGUCCGAUGUGAGAAAUUCGAUCGAGGGCUGGAUGGUUUUGUAAAGGUCAGGGGAUGA